GCUCCUCUGUGAUGCUACAUGCUAAUGUUAGCUCCCACGCUGCAGGUUUGUUUAUGUUGUGAAAGUGGCUUUUUAUUCACCUUAUUUGUUUCGUGUCCGUGAUGGAAAACCGCUGCCCGGUGGAAAACACAGAUAUCUUCCUGCCGCUGUCUUCCCUCAGGCUGCUCGUCCCUCCGCUGCGCCUCCUCUCGGCCGCCAUGUGGCAGGUGGCCCAGCGCAGAGACGUCCUGGACUACGAGCAGCUGGACCGCUUUGUGACGCUGGUGACGGCCACGGUGCCGGACCUGCUCAGCCCCAAGCAGCGGGGAAAGCUGCUCCUCCGGCUGCGGGCCAAAGUUAUUCUGGAGCUGUGCAGAAACCAGGAGACUGCCAAUGUAGUGUGUGUACAGCCUCACUUAGAGAGGAUCCGGCCUCCGGGAUACACAGGAAGUGGCGAUGCAGAGGUGGACGCGGAGGAGGCCAUCUUUGUGGAAUUAGCUCAAACACUCCUGAAGGACCCAGCGGAGAGAGAACACUUUUACCAGGAGGUUUUCCAGGCAGAAUACGGACUCGGCUACGAUAAAGACAUGCAGCUCCUGGUGUGGGAGUUUCUCUCCAAGCUGGAGCGCCUGCUGCCGGUGCCGGACCUCGGCCAGACGGUGUCGUGGCUGACCUCUGCCCCCUCCGUGCUCAACGACUGUUUACAAGCACUCUCCAACCCGGACGACCUCAGAUCUCUCCUGCAGCACCACGCCUGCCUGGAGCACCUCGGCACACAAGGCACCACGGUGGAGAUGUCCACGCAGGUCUUCGCCUGCCCCGACUGUCCGUUCUUCCACAUGCAGGAGUCGUACCUGCUGCAGCACAUCGAGCGCAGCCACCCAGAGGAGUUCACCAAACUCCAGAGGGCGGCCGAGGCGACCCACGCCCCCAGGGCGAAGCCCCGGCGGCCCGAGUUCCCGCAGCCCUUCCCCAUCCACGACCGGCCCGACCCGCACACCUGCCAGGACUGCGGCAAGACCUUCACGCGCGCGUCGGACGUGACCCGGCACCGGAGGACGCACACGGGCGAGCGGCCCUACGCCUGCGGGGAGUGCAAGAAGGGCUUCAAGAACUCCUGGGACCUGACCAGGCACCAGCGCAUCCACACCGGGGAGCGGCCCUUCCUCUGCUCGCAGUGCGGGAAGCGCUUCACCCAGAUGGGGCUGCUCAAGCUGCACUACGAGCGCACCGCCUGCGGCCAGACCGGCGACCCGCCGCUGGACCUGCCCACCGAGGUGGUGGUGGCGGCGGAGGAGGCCGUGGAGAAGGACGCCGCGCGGUACAAGUGCCAGAAGUGUCCGGAGAGCUUCGGCAGCAUCCUGGAGCGGCUGAGGCAUCGGCAGACGCACGCCGCCCGGCGGCAGUACAAGUGUCCGCUGUGCGAGAAGAUCUACGGCCGGGCGUCGGACCUGAAGAGGCACCAGAUGAAGCACACGGGCGAGCGGCCGUUCGCCUGCCACUGCGGGAAGGGCUUCACGCACGUGUGGCUCCUGAACAAGCACCAGCAGGUGCACGCCCGGGAGCGGCCGUUCCCGUGCGCGCAGUGCGGCAAGAGCUUCACGCAGCUGCAGAUCCUGAACCGACACCUGCUGACGCACAGCGGCCGGCGGCCGUACCAGUGCUCCUACUGCGACCGCAGCUUCACGCAGCUGGCCAGCCUCACGCGCCACGAGAGGACGCACACGGGGGAGCGGCCGUACCUGUGCGCCACCUGCCAGAAGGCGUUCCUCACGCACGGGGAGCUGGCGAGGCACCAGCGCAGCCACAGCAGCCUGCGGCCGUUCGGCUGCCCGCAGUGCGCCAAGAGCUUCAAGACCAAGCGCGCGCAGCGCGAGCACCUCAACACGCACACGGGCGAGCGGCCGUUCUCCUGCGGCCGCUGCGGCAAGAGGUUCGCCAAGUCCGCCUCGCUGGUCCGCCACAACCUGACCCACACCGGCGAGCGGCCGCACCGCUGCCCGCAGUGCGGGAAGAGCUUCCUGACGUCCGGCGAGCUGCUGCUGCACCGCCGCAUCCACACGGGCGAGCGGCCGUACCCCUGCUCCCACUGCGACCGCAGGUUCAGGUGCUCCUCCGACCUCAACAUGCACGUGCGCACGCACACCGGGGAGAAGCCGCACAGCUGCCUCUUCUGCAAGAAAGGCUUCUCCACCUCCACCAGGCUCAAGAGGCACGUGCGCACGCACAUGGAGAAAGGCGCGUGGGGCCACUGAGUCUGUAUCCAGUGACUGUUUCCAAUAAAGCCAAAGCUGUU